AUGGACAGCCCCAUCCACCCCGACCUACAACCCAACCCGCGCUCCCGCAUCCCCGUGCCCUUCCCCAUCCGCAACGACCCCCUCAUUCAAGGGCACGACAUCGAGCUGGCCCCGCGCCCCUUCGAAGAAACGCUGCGCAACCCCACCCCCGAAGUCCUCCCACCCUCCCACCCAGAGCUCGCCACCCCCGACACCAAACCCCCGCAGCCCCACCCCUACGCCCUCGCCCUCCCCGACGACCUCCCAAAGGCCUGGGACGACGCCAAGAGCCAGACCUACGGUGGUGGUGGUGGCGGCAGCCGCCCGGGCUCGGCGCACAGCCAGAGCGUCAGCCAUUUCACGGGCCACGGCCAGGGGCAUGGCCAAGCUCUUGGCCAUGCCCACGCCUACUCCGUGGCGACCACGGCGCCUGCCCUCGGCGGCGUCGGUCUUGGGCGGACUGCUACCGCAUCACCUUUUGGGCAGGGGCCGGGGCGGGGGCUGGGUGCCCGAGGGAGGUAUAGCUACCCGGACUUUACAAGUCCGUUUGAAUCGGAUCCCGUCGGCGGAUCCGUCACCUCCGACGGGGGGAGGGAAGGGGGGUGGGAAGGGGUGGGAGGGGUUGUUGGGCUGGGAGGGGGCGUUCCAUUGAGGAGUGCCGACGCGGCACGGGAGCGAGGCGUCUGGUGA